CCCUUUGAAAGUCAAUAAAGAAAUCGCCCUAAGAUUUGCUGGCUUAUCUCCAGCUUGCCUGCCCGCUUCUACCUCUCGUCCUCUUCCUAUUGAUUCCUAUGCACCCCUAAUUUUCUCCAUCGGUUUGGCCGAAGGAUCUCGGCGGGAUGGAUAAGCAGCUCGACGCCUGCUUCGAUCGCGUCGAAAAGGCUCUAGGCGUACUUGUCGACUCUAUCGCCAAGUACCACCCGUCCGUCGCCCAAGUCAACGAUCUAGGCCUCGCCGACAUCGAGCUGAAUAAGGGUCUAGAAGAGCUGCAAACCCACCAGUCAAACUACCGACGGAUCCAGGACCUACGUGCCGCCACCACCAGCCUCGAUGGGCAGAUCAAGGACACCCUGCGUCUACUGGCCAACACGCGCCGCGAGUUGGUCGGUGCCUCCGCCACGUCUUUCCCUGAAGACCACCCGAGCUAUGAUAUUCGUUACGAUGAGCUGUUGAGCUACGCGCGUCGCAUCAGCAAGACGACGAUGCCACCUGCUGGCGCCUUCAAUGCCAUUAGCAACGCGAGCAGCAGUGGGCCUGGGGUGGAGGUGAAGGCUGAAAGCGGUGCCGAAACGACCGCCACGACACCCGCGGUCGCGACCCCGAAUGCGAACGGCGCUUCGACACCCGCAGCAGCCAAUGGGGUGCCGUCGCAACCGACGCCCGUGGACCUGGGCACGUCACAGCAAACCAUAGGCAUCACGACAACGACCGCCGUAAUCAGCGACGCGACAGCGACGGCGACAAAUACGACGCUCCCGGAACCCUUGCAGACGCACCUGAACCCGCACGCGCACCUGUCCUUCGUGCCGUGGCCGAGCGAGGAGCAAGUACGCAAGGGCGCCAUCGCCUCGCUCGCGUACAUGCUCGAGCAGGGUGUCGAGCUGGAGGGUUACGACCCAGAGGCGGAGAAGAAGGCGCGGCGCGAGGCCGAGGAAGAGCAGCAGGAGGAGGAAGAACGCCUGCGCCGCGAGCGCGAGGAGAACGCGCGCCAGCAGCAACAGCACCAAGCCCAGCAGCAGGCCCAGGCCCAAGCGCGGAUGCGCGCCGAGAGGGAGCAGCAGGCGCAAUCGCAGCAGGCAGCCGCCCAGCAGCAGAGCCAGGCGUGGAGGCGAGCCAGCGUAACUAUCGGUGGCGGCGCCGGGCCGUCGGGGAGCCCGAGCACGAGUCCCGUGGCCGAGAAGAGGCAGUUCCAGUUCAUGGGUGACGAUGACGAUGACGACGAUGAUUGAGAUGUUGUGCCCCCUAGAUGAUGAGCUAAAGCCGCGUGUCUGCCCAUCUGCUUACGCAGAUGCCUACCACACCCCACCCCCCGCGGGCGAAGGGCCGGAGAGGCCGAUGAAGCUUGAGAGAAACACUAAACUCAUCCCCUU